AUGCAAGCAUGCGAGAAGAUGAUCAGAGUAGCAACAGUAGAGGCGUGCAGAUUUAUGGUCGACUGCCUGCACGCAGCAGGAGCGAACCGAGAAGCAGCUGAGCAACAGGCAAAACUUCUCAUUCAGGCUGACAAAUGUGGCCAUCCGAGUCAUGGCAUGAAUAGAUUAGAAUUUUACGUAAAUGACAUUAUAAGUGGUGCUUGUGAGCCCAACAAUAAGCCCGAAGUCCUGAAGGAGACGGCAUCCACUGCGUGGAUUGACGCAAAGAAUGUCCUCGGCGCCACCUCCAGCCACUUCGCAAUGGAUAUAGCUAUGGCCAAGGCACGAGAAACAGGUGUCGCGUGGGUAGUUGUCAAAGGAGCAAAUCACAACGGUAUGGCUGGUUAUUGGGCUCAAAAGGCUACUGACCAAGGAUUCAUUGGCAUGGCAUUCACAAACACUUCUCCUUUAUGUGCACCAACAAGGAGCAAACAGGCGGCGCUAGGCACCAACCCCUUAGCGUGUUCCGCUCCAGCGGCAUCUGGCGAAUCUUUCUACUUAGAUAUGGCUACUUCUGCUGUUGCCGUUGGUAAGAUAGAAAUGCAGCUACGAAAAGGUGAACCCAUACCAGCCGGUUGGGCGCAAGGACCUGAUGGCAACGAGACUCUAGACGCCCAAGUGGCUUUCGAUACGAAGUGUGUGUACCCGCUUGGUGGUCGCGAGUUGACUUCAGGAUACAAGGGGUAUGGACUAGGUGCUAUGGUGGAGCUGUUUUGUGGAGUACUUGGAGGUUCUAAGUAUGGGCAUCAUAUCAGAUCGUGGUCUCACACAAGUGACGGUACUCCAGCUGACCUCGGACAGUGCUUCGUUGCUAUUGACCCUAAUUGCUUCGCACCUGGUUAUGCUGACCGCCUCACAGACUGCAUCCAACAUUGGAGGAAUUUGGAGACGUUGGAUCCAAAUUUGCCAGUUUUGGCUCCCGGUGACAAAGAAAAGGCGGCAGUUCUAAAAUCGGAUCAAAGCGGCACAGUGUCUUUCGUCCAACAACAAAUCGAUUCCUGCCUUGCUCUUGCAAAAAGACUCAAAGUUAAACCUAUUGAAUGUCUACAGGAAUAG